GUUCUUGUCUUAAGUCCCCGUAUAGAGAGAGUAGGUACAUAUAUCACGGUAGCGGGCUGUCGUGACCCUGGCCAGGCAUCGUUUUUGCCAUGGCAUCCUCCAAAGAAAGCAUGACGCUUAAGCCGGAUGACAUCGACACACGCUCCAUGAUCUCCAUGCAGGAAUUGGACCCUUCCCCCGUGGAGGAUGAGUUUCCCGACCUCGAAACCGGCGGGCACUUUCCCAAACCGCAGAGCUCCCCGUCGGUGGGUGAGACCGGUACGACUGGGGGAAGGCUCUCAUCGCUCAAGCUAGGUCUUCGCGGGCACAGCUGGGAUUCUUGGUUAUCCGCUUUCCAACGGUACUCGACCUACCCUCCCACUCUAUUCCUUCUCCUGCAUUGGGCCAACACCUCGCUUAUCCCGCUCGUGACUCGGUCUGUACCGGAAAGCGAACCCUACCUGCUUCUGACGAGACCAAUCUACCAGUCUCCGUCACUUGAGCAUGUGGUCCUGACCGUUCCGGUGUUGGUCCAUGUUGCGUCGGGGGUUACUUUGCGCAACAUUCGCUCUUCGCGGCGGGCGCGACUCUAUGGCGCCGAGACGAGGUCGCAAAGAAAUUUGCUGACGUUCUGGCCCCGGAUGAGCCUGCAGGCCCGACUAGGAUACUCCCUUGUCCCCUUGCUCGGCGCCCAUGUUCUUGUGAACCGCAUCACCCCGCUGAUAGUUGAUGGAGGAAGCUCCGGCGUCGGUCUCGGUUAUGUGGCCCAUGGCUUUGCGCGCGCCCCGGCCUUUUGGGAUCUAUAUUAUGUGGCAUUUGUCGCCAUCGGGGUGUGGCAUUUUGCGGGCGGGUGGGCCUCUUGGAUGGGCUGGAGAGUGACAACGAGGCGAAAGGAGCGUGACCGGAAGAAGGGCUCGCUGGAGGGCUAUUUGGGACACGCGGAGAGCGAGCAACGGGUCCGGCGACAGAGAAAGAUGUGGUGGACUGUCAACGGGAUCGCAGCGUACAACGGCACCGAAUAUAGAGCAGUCAAGGAGGGGCAAGCGUAUAUUUUGAACCCCCCGGCCCAAGAUGCCGCCUCCAAGGCCACGAAAAAGGAUCUCAAAGCUGACGAGCAUUCCCAAUCCGUCUUCUAUAAUCCUAUCCAGCAGUUUAACAGGGACCUUAGUGUCCUUGCAAUUCGUGCAUAUGGGGAGCAUACACUGGCCUUGAAGAAACAGAGGGCUGAGAGAAAACAGCAAAAGGCUGCGGCAAGCGGCAAGAAGCGCAAGCGCGAAGAGGGAGAUCGCGAGGAACAAACCCACGAUCAGACCCAUGAAACAGAAACUGUGGCGCAGAGCAAGUCCCGGUCGCUCCCAACGCAGCAAGCCAUUGCGCCGUCCUUCACAAUCCUAGACGCCCUGUCUGCCACCGGACUGCGUGCUCUGCGAUACGCCUUGGAGAUCCCCUUUACUUCCUAUGUUGUCGCAAACGACCUGUCCGCCUUAGCCAUCCAGUCUAUGAAGUUGAACAUUCAGUACAAUCGACUUGAAGGCCAGAUCCGACCCAACAACGGGGAUGCGCGGGCUUUUAUGUACAGUCUUUUGAGUCCAGGGAGCAUCCCAACCGCUGACUCACACGCGGGAAAAUUCGAUGUCAUCGACCUAGACCCUUACGGCACCGCUGCACCAUUCAUGGACGCAGCAGUCCAGGGUGUCAAGGAUGGUGGUCUUCUUUGUGUGACAUGUACCGAUGCCGGAGUUUGGGCGUCCCACGGCUAUCCGGAAAAAUCGUUCGCCUUGUAUGGUGGUGUUCCAGUCAAGGGACCCCAUUGCCAUGAAGGAGGACUGCGUCUUAUUCUACACGGACUUGCGACGUCUGCUGCAAAAUAUGGCCUCGCCAUAGAGCCACUUCUCUCCUUAUCAAUCGAUUUCUAUGCUCGAGUAUUUGUUCGUGUUCAUCGCUCCCCUGCUGAAGUCAAAUUUGCCUCAGGAAAGAUGAUGGUGGUCUAUAACUGCGAUUCUGGUUGUGGCGCAUGGUCGACUCAACCCAUAACUCAGACGAAACAAAGACUGGAUAAAAAAGGUAACCCUUUUUAUCACUUCGGCUUUGCCCAGGGCCCUGCCUCGGACAGUCAUUGCGAACAUUGCGGUACUCGGACUCACCUAAGCGGCCCUAUGUGGGCCGGUCCCCUUCAUAACCCACAUUUCAUUCGCAGGAUCCUUGACAUGCUCCCUCGGGCAGACAGGUCUGUGUACCACACCAUUGACAGAAUCGAAGGCAUGUUGACCACAGCCCUCGAGGAAGAUUUAUCUCUUGAACCCACCGAGGUGAGCGUGAAACAGAAAUCUACCGACGCUUCUGGUGAAGACAUCCCACUUGGCAAUCCUUCUGCCAUCAUUCCCCGGCUAGAUCCAGCUGCUCGGGAUGAACACCCUUUCUAUUUCAGCCUCAGCUCUCUGUCCAAAGUGUUGCAUACCUCAACGGUCUCUAUUGAUGCCAUGCGUGGGGCUCUUCGACACCUGGGCUAUAGGUCCACCCGCAGUCACGCGAGGCCGAACUCAAUUCGUACAGAUGCUCCUUGGGAGGUGGUCUGGGAGAUUAUGAGGGAAUGGGUGAGGCAGAAAUCGCCCGUCAGAGAAGGUUCUCUUAAGCCUGGGAGUCCCGGCGCUGCCAUCAUGGCCAAGAGUCGGAAUAAUGUUCAAGGAUCCUUGGGAGAAGGCCAUUCCCUGAGCCUUCUCAAGUCAGAUAUCAUGGCAGCCUCUGAGGCAAAGGAUGUUGUAGAGAUGAUCACGAAGGUUCAAGCUGCACUGUAUCGCGCUGGUGCCCUUCAAGAGUCGGGAGAAAAGAUUGUGUCUCAUUCUCCACUGGCUGGUCAAUCUGAAACGCAGAAGGGUAUUCGCUCCCAGUCACAGGACAGAACGGCUGCCAGACCUGAUCUUAGCUCACUAGAGAUCAUCUUUGACGAGGCCAUGGGCAGGGAUGCCGCAGCUAAAAAACGAUUGGUGAGGUAUCAGAUCAAUCCUCGGGAAAACUGGGGCCCUCUGAGCCGAGCGUCUGGGGGGCGAUAA